ACAACACAAAAACCAAUUGCCUGCUGCCAAGUGCCAACAUGGAAUAACAACACAGGACAGCAGUUCAGGCCUUUAUUUUUUAACACAGUGACUUCAUAUACAAUUGUAUAAUCGAUGUAUAUAAUAAUCUUUACUGGAAAGUUAUUGAAUGCUUUUCAAUGUACGAGUGAGUGAGCGCUAAAGCUAACAGCAGUAAAACUGUCGUGAAUCCAGCAUGUACACUUUACUAUCAGGUCUCUAUAAAUAUGUCUUUCAAAAGGAUGAAUAUUGUGUCCUUAUCCUCGGACUGGACAAUGCGGGGAAAACGACCUUUCUGGAGCAGACAAAGACAAAAUUCAGCAAAAAUUACAAAGGAAUGAAUCUGUCAAAGAUCACGACUACAGUCGGCCUGAACAUUGGUACCAUUGAUGUGGGAAAUGCCCGACUGAUGUUUUGGGAUCUGGGAGGACAGGAGGAAUUACAGUCACUGUGGGAUAAAUAUUACGCCGAAUCUCACGGUGUGAUUUAUGUCAUCGACUCCACUGAUGAAAGGAGACUGGGCGAGUCAAAGAUCGCUUUUGAGAAAAUGAUCAGUAGUGAGGCUCUGGAAGGAGUUCCUUUACUUGUGCUGGCAAACAAACAAGACGUAGAGAACUGUCUUUCUGUUCCUGACAUUAAAACCACGUUCAGCGACUGUGCUCCUAAAAUCGGUAAACGUGACUGUUUGGUUCAGCCGUGCUGUGCUUUAUCAGGGGAUGGAGUAAACGAAGGCAUUGAAUGGAUGGUCAAAUGUGUGAUCAGGAAUAUUCAUCGCCCGCCUAGACAAAAAGACAUUACAUAGAUGUGUGUGUGUGUGUGUGUGUGUGUGUGUGUGUGUGUGUGUGUGUGUGUGUGUGUGUGUUUGUUCAGUCAGAGACUUAACAGAUAAAUUUGAGUUACUACCACCUCAGUUAUUUGACUUUAUAUGUGAGUGAAACCAGAGGAGACGUUGUGUGUGCGCGUGUGAUAUUUGUGUAAUGUCAUGAUAUUUGUAUGCUAAACUGACAUCAUUACAAAUAUUUUCUCUGAUAAAACAUUCAUCUUUUUUUCACCUCUUUUGAUUAAAUGAUUAAUUUUAUGUGUUAAAUAUAAUGACAAACUGCUUUGAUUUUGCACAGUCAAAUAAAGUUUUAUUCAAACUAA